AUGAUUUAUAUUGUAUUUACAUUUCGCAACCACCAUUACAUACAAGACAGAACAAACAAGAUUAAGUUGGUUGCCAGGCAAAUCAAAUACCUACAAAUAAAAAAAAUAAUGCCGAUUUACGAGAUUGAGGAAAUUCUAAAUAAAUACAAAAAAGAUGAGGAUCUUAUUGAACAAAAGAUAAAAGAAAAGAAUUUAGUUGGCGCCAUUGAAAAUAAUGAAAAAAAAACGGAAAUAUUGGGAAACACCGAAAUUUUAACAUCUCAGGAGGCAGUUGAAAGGAAUUCAAUGUUAUUAAAAGAACUUGAAACAGUGAAGGGAAAUUUAAGAUCCAAGGCAAUUUUUAGUCCUUCAGAGUUGCAGUGGGAAAAAAUUUGUAAAAAAUAUCAAGAAAAACCUGCUUUGCCUGUAAAAACUUGGAAGUGUCAUUUGCCAUAUUAUGUAUAA